AUGGAGCAAUGCGUGACGGUGGAGCGGGAGCUGGAGAAGGUGCUGCACAAGUUCUCGGCCCACGGACAGCUCUGCGAGCGGGGCCUGCAGGACCUCAUCCACUCCGCCAAGGGGCUCAGGGCAGACCUCCUGCACCGACACGGCCAAGAUGGCGAAUUAUCAGGGACACUUUCACUUGUUUUGACCCAGUGCUGUAAAAGAAUAAAGGAUACAGUCCAGAAAUUGGCUUCCGACCACAAAGACAUCCACAGCAGUGUUUCUCGGGUGGGAAAAGCGAUUGAUAAGAACUUUGACUCCGACAUCAGCAGCGUGGCGAUAGAUGGCUGCUGGCAGGCCGACAGCCAGAGAAUUCUCAAUGAGGUGAUGGUAGAGCACUUUUUCCGACAAGGAAUGCUGGAUGUAGCCGAGGAGCUCUGUCAGGAAUCGGGUCUUUCGAUAGACCCAAGCCAGAAAGAGCCAUUCGUGGAGUUAAACCGAAUACUGGAAGCAUUAAAAGUCAGAGUUCUGAGACCUGCUUUGGAGUGGGCGGUAUCGAACCGAGAAAUGCUCAUGGCCCAGAACAGUUCCUUGGAGUUUAAGUUACACAGACUGUACUUUAUUAGCUUAUUAAUGGGCGGGACCACAAAUCAACGGGAGGCCCUACAGUAUGCGAAAAACUUUCAGCCCUUUGCCCUGAACCACCAGAAAGAUAUCCAGGUUUUGAUGGGGAGCCUCGUGUACUUGAGACAGGGGAUCGAGAACUCACCGUACGUCCACCUGCUGGAUGCCAACCAGUGGGCUGACAUCUGCGACAUCUUCACCAGGGACGCCUGUGCGCUCUUGGGACUUUCGGUGGAAUCUCCACUCAGCGUCAGUUUCUCAGCCGGUUGUGUCGCGCUUCCAGCUUUGAUAAAUAUCAAGGCCGUGAUCGAACAAAGGCAGUGCACAGGUGUAUGGAAUCAGAAAGAUGAAUUACCGAUUGAAGUGGACCUCGGUAGAAAGUGCUGGUAUCACUCUAUAUUCGCCUGUCCCAUUCUCCGUCAACAAACAACAGAUAAUAAUCCUCCUAUGAAACUGGUCUGUGGUCACAUAAUAUCAAGAGAUGCGCUAAAUAAAAUGUUUAAUGGUAGCAAAUUAAAAUGUCCCUACUGUCCGAUGGAGCAGAGUCCCGGAGACGCCAAACAGAUAUUUUUCUGAAGAGAUGACUUCAUUAUGCAGUUUAAAAGAACUUACGCAACACAUUUUGACUCCACGUGAAAUUGGAAAAGUCCCGAUCCAGAGGCUCCAGUAGAAACCGGAGGAUUUGGGAUUCCGUGUCUGUAAAUUUUUCUGACAUUGAGUGUGGUGCUCUUUGCACCUACAGAAACCAGAAUUGUGGGAGAAACUCACAGCCACGCAGCUCAUGAAAACUUGCUGGGGGAAACAAACAAAAAAAAAGGUCAUAAACUACUUUCCCGAAGCAUUUGGGCUGAAGAUUUCCCAGGCAAGAGCGGGAACCCUUUGAAACUUUUUGGCGGAUGCAAAACUGCAGUUGAAAAGUGUGUUUUCUCUAUGGCUUGGGUUAGCUUGGGUGAACGAACGCAUCAGCUGUGAUAAGGGGAGAUACAUUUAAGGAAACAGGCAAAACUCUUUUGUAUAAGGUAACCAAAGAAGAAGAAAUGCAGUAGCGAAGGCCUUCUGAUUCGUGGCACUUCACAAGUCGCGUGGUAGGGCCGAACCGUCGCUGACGCGGUGUCCGUUAGGAGAAUGUGUGCCUUCUCUGCCUUCUGCUCUGUAAAAAUGGUAGUGGCGAUCACUUCUGAAAGGAAUUUUUCUCAUAAAGCGUGGGUUCUUCAGAUGCAGGUGAAUUGCCGGGCUAGCGAAGUGGAAAUUCAAACCAGAAUUUCAGAUCGGAUUCGAAAACUGCUUCAGUUCUCGAACUCUUUCCAGUUCUUUCUUUAAGGACUAGAACCCCAGGACUUUGCCAGGCCAAGUGUCCUGCCUAAUCCUCAGGCCCUCCAGCAUUACUCGGACACGAGUACCCAUCUUUGGUGAGGGCUCGAGGGGUCACGGUCAUCUUCACGGUUUUCAGUUUUCUUUCAUGUGCGCUCCGUUUAUGGUGGUCAUUUCUCUCUCGCUCUCUCUUUUUUUUAUCGUGAUUAUCAGUUACUUUUAAAAGUCAAAAGAUGUGUAACAUAAAAAUGGACGGGUAUUGGUGGCUCUGGUUUCCCAAGAGCCACCUCACAUUCAUAGGGUGUGUGAGUAUACAAGCGUGUGUGUGGGUGCAUGUGUAUUUAAUUGAAAAUAUGAUCUUGGAGGAAAAAAGCUUUUGUUUUCUGAUUACAUAUAGCAGCUCUAUACAGUAACACUAAAACCCAUCCGGCAGAAUAUGGGAAGGACGUAGGUUCCUUUCUCCAUAAGCUCAAGUCUGGCUUUGUGGCAUUCUUUGUGUGUGUGUGUGGGUGUGUAUCUUAACUCCCCAAUGGAGUAUAUGCAUCUAAGCUAAAAUGGGAAUUCUUGUGAGCUGGGAAGGUUCUGGAGAACCUCGCGAGAUCAGUUGCCGGUAGAAAUAAUUCCGGGAGUCCCUUGGGUUCCCGAAUGAAGCAUCGGCUCAGUGGUUUGUCUGUUCAGCAAGACUCAGGUUAUAUUCAGCGGGGGCCGUUUGACCAACGUGAGGAGGUGGUCGAGGGGGAAAUACACCAACCAAAUAACUUCCACCUCUCUCAGUGGGUGGCCACUACGGCUGCAUAGGGAUGCUAACGUCUCUCGAGCGAAUGGGGCGAGGAAUCUACCUUCCAGUUCUGGUGCUAAGUCCUCCCGGGACGGGUUCUCCGGGGCGUAGAAGUGUUCGGUGAAAGCAGGAGUGGUUGGUUUGGGACUGCAAUCGAGUAGAAAUCAACGAUAGGCAGAAUUUCGAAUGGCCAUCCAGUUCUGCCAGAAGGAAUGGUUUCACCGCGGACUGUGGCGGGGUCGUUGCGAGGGAACGCGGGAGAGUUUGGCUUUCGGCCUGUAGUGAGAAAGGAUGCUAAAUGGGUCGGGUGCCAGCCUCAGGGUGCAGACCCCGACAACCCCCUCCUCGCCCCCGCGUCUUAGAACUUGGGUGUGUUUUUUAGCGAGCGAGUCACUUCCCUUAGAGUUUCGUUUUUGAGAUUUUUACUCCGAACAGGAGAGAGACCGAAGGACCUUUACGUUCUUCUGGGGAACCUUACCCCCUUAGGCCCCAGCUAUCGCAGGAGUAAGGUCUGUUCCCGGGCAGAAAGGAAAGGAAAACUAAACGGGUCGUUCAGCGAUGGUUUUUGGGGCCUUCGGUCGCUUCCGGGUGCAGAUCUCUCGCACUUGAAAAAACGAACGUUUGAACCUUUCGUUUUAAAUCAUUUUCCCCUGCGAGACAGGUCCUAGUAAUCGAUUCUCUCCUUGAGGAUGGUGUGCGUGGAAGGUGACGUGUGGGAGCGUGUGCCUGCGUCUUAGCAUGUCUGGCUAUUCACGCAUGCAUAGAUGCAUGUUUGAAAUGCAGAGGUGAAAAAUCUCCUUAUUCAUGUCCACAGGGAGGAUCAGGUCUUUUUUUUUUUUUUUAAUGUGUCGUUUGCUCAUGACUGUAAACAGCAGAUAUUUUUUCACUUUUUAAUUUACACAAGGUCAGCAAAUCACUUUCUUCAGAUGGCUCAGGAUUGUAUUUCUUUGGCUUACUAUGUGCUGUAGGGUUCUAUAGUAUUUCUAUAAUUAUGUAACAAAAAUAGUGUUGCACUGUAAUGUAUCAUAUAGAGCUAUAUGUAUGAAAUCUGAUCCGUUUUUAAAAAAAUAUAUGUAUCCUGUUUGCAAAGGCACAAUAAAGUUGCAUCUUAGAGACUAUAGGCAAUAAGGCUAACAAUAAACAUUAUUUAACACACGAACCAUGAAAUAAUCUCUGUCCGUUUUGAUUUUGAAAAAAAAAAAACUAGCUGAGAACUUGAGUGGCUUCAGGGACUUGAUUUUCACUUUUUUUUUAAAUUAAUUCAAAUGAAAGCUAUUUAUAAACUUCUAUGGUAUAUUAUGCAGUCAGGAAACAAUGUGCAAAAAUGCUUUGUCAAUGUGUGUUAAUUCAUGUGUAAAACACAAGGUUUCUCUUUGUAUAUAUAUUUAAAAAAAAAUUAAAGAACUGCACAUUU